AAAAGAAAUUAUUGAUGAAGUCAAUAAUAAGCAAAAUUCUAUUAGAAGUGUUGCUGCAAAGUUACGAAUUCCACGUUUAACUGUGUAUGACAUUGUAAAACAAUUUGAUAUAGAAGAUUGA